UCAAACAUCUGAAGAAAUCUCUAAGGAGCGACAGAGUAGAGACAAAACACAGUGACUAACGUGUCAGAAAAAAAAUGAGUGAGCAAGGAGAAUCUUCCGCUGCGUUAAAUUCUCACAGAAGUGAAAUGGAGGAAAGGAUGAGUGGCAUGGCAUCUGCAGUCUUAACUGAACUCCGUCUGGAGGGGAAGCUGUGUGAUGUGGUGAUCAAGGUGGGUGACGCUGAGUUCGAUGCCCACAAGAUCAUCCUCUGUAGCUGCAGCCCGUACUUUCGCACUCUCUUCACCGGUGCCUGGGCGACCUCAAAGAAGCAGAUCUACACUAUCCCUGGGGUGUUGCCCGAGAUGAUGCACUUCAUCAUCAAUUAUGCCUACACCCACUCUGUUCCCGUGACAAAGGAUAAUGUGGUGGAGGUUUUGGCAGCUGCAGACCAGUUCUUGGUCCUGGGGAUUGUUCAGACCUGCUGCUUCUUCCUGGAGGACCAGCUGUGCCAGAGGAACUGCAUCGGCAUCUGGAGGCUGGUGGACUUCUACCACUGCCCUGAGCUGAGGGACAAGGUCUUCCUCUACAUCCUGCACUGCUUUGAGGAGAUAGUUUGUGUCUCACAGGAGCUCCUGGAGCUCUCUGCGCAGCAGCUAGCUGCUAUCAUUGAGAGCGAUCUCCUCAAUGUGAAACGAGAAAACUCAGUGUUUGAGGCCGUCCUCCGCUGGAUUAACCACCUGCCUGACCAAAGACGAGGACACAUCUCUCUGCUGUUAUCCAAGGUGCGGCUGGGCUUGAUGACUGCUGAUUACCUCCAAAACAGCGUGAUCGACAACGCCAUGGUAAAGGACAGCGUCGAAUGUAUGCCCAUCAUCAAUGAUGCAGUGACAGCAUUUAUAGAUUUUAGGGCCAACGGACGCUCAAAAACUGUCUACAGUAACUUGCUGAACCGCCCACGCCUCCCUCCUGCCAUUUUAUUGGCCACCGGAGGCAAAGAUGGCAACACUGCUGCCACCAGCCUCGAGGCGUAUGAUGUCCGAGCUGAGUGCUGGGUCACUGUGAGCGCUGAGGAGAUUUGGCGCGCUCACCAUGGUUCUGCUGUCCUCAACAACUUUGUGUACUUAAUCGGUGGCUGCAGCCAUGAAAUUUACUUGAAUACUGUGCAAAGGUUUGACCUUGUCACCUGCACGUGGCACCAGGUGGCACCCAUGAACUUCUGCCGCUGCUAUGUCAGCGUUGCUGUGCAGAAUGGGUGCAUUUAUGCCAUGGGAGGCUUCAAUGGGCAAGCUUACUAUAACACUGUCGAGUGCUACAAGCCUGAGACUGACAAGUGGACCAUGAUGGCACCCAUGCGUGCUAAGAGGUGUGGAGCCAGCGCCACAACUCUAAAUGGCAAGGUCUACAUUUGUGGGGGUUUCAACGGGCGACGCAGCCUCAGCACGGCUGAAUGCUACGACCCGGAUACCAACCAGUGGACCAUGAUCGCCCCCAUGAGGAGCAGCCGAAGCGGCCUGGGAGUCGUUGCCUACAGAGACCACAUCUAUGCAGUUGGUGGCACCAUUAGUGGUUCCUCCCACCUGCGCAGUGCUGAGGCCUACAACCCACGGACCAACAGGUGGAGCCCCCUGCCAUCAAUGUACAACCCCCGCAGCUACUUUGGCAUUGAGGUGGUGGACGACCAGCUCAUUGUGGUCGGAGGAUACGACGGCUCCACCACUCUGUUAGCUGUGGAGCGCUACGACGAGGAGGCUGGUAUGUGGUACGGUGCCCCCAACAUUGAGAUGUCCCGCAGCGGCCUGAGCUGCAGUGUGCUGCACGGACUCUACAGCGUGGCGGAGAACUUGUUCCCUCGCUCCCAGUCGCUCCCCAAUGUGGAGGAAGCUGUAGAGGAAGACACUUAAGCUGAAGUGUCAUUUUUAAAUAAAUAAUGUGAUUUUAUCUACAUGUUCAAAGAA